AUGGACAAGGACGGCACGGCCACCCACCGAAGGCAUCGGCCUGGCCCCGGCGCCCCUCCCGUGGGCGUGGGCCCCGCACACCUCAAGGCCAGUGAGGUGGCCGAGCUGCAGCGGAGUCGAAGUGUGGGCGGCCUGCUCCAGAAGGGGGACCCACCAAGCUGCAUCAAGAAGCUGUGCAAGGAGCCAGAGUCCGAAGACCCGGGGAAGGACGUCAGGAGUGAAGCAGAAGAUGCCAGCUGCCAGGCCAGCCUGGAGGACAAGCAGGACGGGGGCCAGGAUGCCCGUGGGCAGGCGCCGGAGGACGCGAAGGUGGAGGAGGCCAGCACCCGCCGCAAGCAGCCAGCUGAAGGGGAGGACGGGGACGAGUGCACCCCGGAGGACAAGGAACAGGAGCCUGAGUCCAUCAAGCUAGACGACCUUCUGGAGAAAGAGAAACCAUCUGUGUUUGUGGAGAUUGACCUGGGAGACCGUGCUGAGGAGGUGGUCACGCGCAUCACAGAAGAAGAGAAGCGGUCCCAGAAGGACAUGGGAGAUGUGUCAGAGGACGAGUCCAGGACCAGCUGGGUGUGCUGUAUCCCGUACUCCACCAGAAAGAAGGUGAAGCACAGUGCGCUGCCUGGAGAAGGCACAGCCUCCCAAGCAAGUGUCCCCUCGUCCUUGCCCCUGAGUGGCAGCUCCCUGUCCUGGCACCCAGCCACCAAGAUGGCCACUGAGAGAAGCUUCCGGAGAAUCGGCCAGAGGAGGCCACAGGCCAGGAGUGUGACUGGUCCCCAGCCGAGAGACCCCUACCUGGGGAGCUGGGCCACAGCCGGCAGGAACGACACCGUGACCCGGGCCUGCAGGGAACGAAGAGCUGACAGCCUCGCCGACAGCGAGCCCUAA